AUGGGCUCCAGCACCCCCGCCAGCCCGACCAUGAUUAGGAUAAGCGGCUUAGAGAUUCCAAAUGCAUUCUCUGUGCUGGUUCCUGAUAGUUCAAUCUCCGCCAAGUUGGGAGCUUCAGUGGUCUUGCGCUGUGGUGUUUCCCCCUCCCUCAGUGCUGUGGAACUAGAAGUGCGUUGGUACAGACCUGCAAAGUUCAACACCCCAAUUUUAUUCUACAGUGAACAAAAGUUCCAAGAUACUUCUGUGGACCUGGACUACAGGGGCAGAGUGUCUCUGAUAGGGAGACUGGAGGAGGGGAAUGUGUCUCUGAGACUGGAGAACAUCACACUGUCAGACAGAGGACAGUAUGAGUGUUAUGUCAGUAACGGAACACGGCACGACAAUGGUAUGACAUCACUCACAGUAAAUGUUCUGGGCUCUGUUCCAGUCCUCUCAUUCACUGAAACAGAAGAAGAACAGGUGAAUGUGACCUGUGUGUCAGAUGGUUGGUCACCACAGCCCACAGUCACCUGGAGAGACAGAGAUGGGAAGGAGAUCAAACACAGCAUUAAUGUGAUGUACGAGAAAGAUAUCCAGGAUGUGGUGAGUGUGAGUUCUUGGCUGCUCUUCUCUCCCUCUGAGUCAGAGUGGAUCUCCUGCUCUGUCAGUUUAUCUGAUCAGGAGAAGAGAGAGAGCAGAAUGUUGCCAGUCAGAGGAAAAACGUCAUUCAGUUCACCCACAGGAUCUGAACCUUCAUGGAGAGCAUUUAUUGUCAUGCUGGUCAUCAGUCUGUUGACCUUCAGUGUUAUAUGCAUUCUCCUCUUCAUUUUAUACAAGAAGAGAGACCAAAACAACCAGGAGGACACAGAACCAGCAGGUAUAAUUUGCCCAGAAAUAGGUCUCACCUCUUCUGAGGACCAUUCCAGCCCAGAUGAAUGGAUUGUGAUUGAGGAGACAGAGGCAGAAGCAGUGAAAAUCACUCUAGAUCCUGAGGAAAUACCCAACACAUUAAAACAGAAUAGAAACAGCAUCCACUGUCAUAACCCAAAUAACGCCAGUCCAGAUGAAAAAAGGGAGGAGACAAGAACGUUUGCAUUAUGUAAAGAACAACUAAGCACAGGAAAGCAUUACUGGGAAGUUAAGGUGUGGAAGAAAUCUAAAGCCAAACUCUCAUGGUAUGUGGGUGUGGCCUGUGACAAUGCUGAGAGAUUUUAUAGUGUUCCAUUAACCCCAGAGAAUGGUUUCUGGGUUCUGUCAUAUGAAGAAGAGCAGGGUGUCUACAUCAAUGCUGAUCCAAUAACACAAAUACAAUAUCGCUGUCCACGGUGUGGAAACCACUCCACCUCAGGCAGAAAGGUGCUGGAGCAGGUGGUGACAACUGCCUGGUUCAUGGUCAAGGGUUUUCCUGUUAUCAAAGUCACCCACACCAUGUGGUAUAUAAGGAAGGCCUACGGUACCAGGAUGGAUCCCUCUCACUCCUCCCAUGAACUGUAUGCAUCCCUCCUACCAGGAAGUAGGUUAAGCAGCAUCUGGGCCAAAGCCAUCAGAUUCAAGAACACUUACUUCCCACAGGCUGUCCAGAACACUUAA